AUGGUAAAACCUAUAUACAACGAAUUGAGAAAUGCUUUUCUUAUUAAACAGAGAAAUUAUUACAGAAGAUUUUUAGGUCCUUGGAAGAAAAAAUUAUCUUUCAGAAAACAUCAGUCAAAUAAGGCAAGUAACGUUCGCCGUGGUAGACUAGCUGAGCUCUCGACUGAGUAACUGGCAUUAAAAAUGUUCUCUGUCACUGAAAUCAUUCACACUAAACCAAAUUUGAUUACCGCAUAAGCGCUAUAAUCCUGUAUGUAUAGGUUAUUACUUUUUAAUUUACUUUGUAACAAGUUCAAACAAUAACGAAUUAUUUGGCGACACAGAGACUACUUGAGGGUGGAUGACCUUGUCUUCGUUUCUAAUCAUUUCCACUUCUAGUGCCGCCAUCUUACAUAAUUUGAAGAAAUAAUUAUAUAUACAUAGAUAGAAAGAUGGAUGAAGAUUCGAGAGUGUCCCGACUAGUCUAGAAUAUGAGCGCCGAGGAUAUCUGCGUAUUAUACCAUUAAGUUCUUCAAGGCUAAAAUUUUCAGACAUGAACAGGUGUUUGCUUUAUAUUGACUCGUAACCGCACUAUAGACAAUCUUUUUCGACUCUUGAACAUACUCAGAGUGGUGUUUUUCAACUUUUCAAAAUUUUUUGGAAAAAGCUUUUUUUGACCUUGUCUCUCAUCGCCUAUCAACAUCUGCCCUUAAGGCCCUUCCCGGACGACAUAUCUUUGAGUAUUAAGCAUUUCGAUAAAUCUUGAUCGUGACAGUGCCACAGAGAAACACACACUCAAACUAUUUUUCAUAGGACUCUCCCUUCAGUCGAGGGAAAAAUGCAUCAUUCAGUAAAAUAAAUUAUUAUUUCCUUGUCAUAAUUUUUAUUUCUCAUAAAAUAUUUCUAUCUGAAAGAAAAAGUGUUCAUUUGAAUUAAAAUUAUAUUCGAAAAUGAAAAAAUCCCUCUUAUGAAAACAAAGUUUUCCCUUUAAGAUGAAUUCGCAAUGGG